CGGUGGACGUCCAACGGACCAUAUUAUCGGAUGACAUCUACCUAAAAUCGCCGUGAUGAUGUCCUCGGUCCCCCGCAUAUUGCGCUCCACGUCAUGUUUAUUAAUACGCCAUAGCCAACCAGUAAACCUACAAACCCAAUCCAUCCCAGCGUAAUCAUUGAGCAAUCUCCCAAACCCAUUCAAAUCAUCCUCGAAACUCACCCUAUCGAGCAAAAAUGCCAACAGCAGUAGUCACAGGCGCCAAUUCGGGCAUCGGCAACGCGCUCGCCCGAAUCCUCGUCAAAGAAGGAUACACCGUCGUCGCAGCAGACAUCACAAUCGGCGACCCAAUCAAGGCUCUAGACUGCGAAGCCAUUCAACUAGACGUCGCAUCUCCAUCAUCGAUCCAAGAAUUUAAGCAAAAGCUCGGCGACCGCCCAAUCGACAUGUUGCUCAACGUCGCGGGCGUCAUGGAACCCCACGAAAAAGACACCCUCUCCACCGUCAACUUCGAAGCCCUCCAGAAAACAUUCGCCGUCAACACAUUCGGCCCCCUCUUGCUAACCCAAGCCCUCCUCCCCAACAUCCUCGCCGCUUCCACCCCACGCAUCGCCGUAAUGUCUAGCCGCAUGGGCAGCAUAGCUGAUAACUCCUCCGGCGGCUCGUACUCCUACCGCGCAUCUAAGGCCGGCGUCAACGCGCUCUUCAAGUCGCUAGCUGUGGAUUUGAAGGAGAAGAAUGUGGCGGUUGUGCUGUUGCACCCAGGGAUUGUGAAGACGAAUUUAGCGGGCGGGUUGGGUGCCGGGGAGAUACAGGGCGCGGUGGAGCCGGAACAGGCGGCGAGUGAGCUUUGGAGGGUUCUGAUGAGUAAGGGGGUGGAGAGUACGGGGCGGUGGUGGCAUCGGAAUGGAGAGGAACUGCCUUGGUGAGAGAUUGGAGCGGUGGAUGGAGGGAUGGAUGGAUGGAGGGAAGACGCUGGAGGGGAAAUUAGAAACUCAGAUUGACUUGGAGGAGAUUAUGAUGGGGAAAAGGUACGAAAAGAUCAUACGUCGUUCAGAAAAAGGACAUGUGAGUGAGGGCCUUGAUUAGAGAACACUCCAUUGCCCUCGGGCAAUGACAUUACGUGAGAUUUAGACAGUAGUGUUACAGAUGCCUCCAAUACAUCAUACACCCAUGAAGCC